AUGUAUGAUAGUAGUGGCGUUGCAUUGCACUCUGAAUUGAUUCAUAGGUGGAACCACGCCUUUUCCAUCUUGUCCAUUGUUGCAUUUCCCAAAAAAAGACUGUUGUUUGCUGGUAGCCAAGACUCUAAAAUACUGGUGUUCGACCUUCCCACGUAUAAUCUAAUACAUACGAUUAGACUAGGCGAAUCUCAGGAAGAAACGCACACAAGGUCUUCGGUAUUGUGUUUGACAAGAUCAGAAGAUGAAAACUUUUUAUUUUCAGGCGGUGCAGAUUCCUUAGUGAGAAUUUGGUCUAUCGGCGAAAAGAACAUUAGAGAUGACUUCCUCCCCGUUACUGAAAUAGCUACAGUUUACUCAGUGACUGAUAUUGGCGAUAUCUUCUCAUUGGCAUAUUUGGAUUCGUUGGAAACUAUCGUGCUUGGCUGUCAAAAUGCAAGCUUACUAUAUGUGGAAAACUUAAUUCAGAAAAUUGAGAGAACAUCAUCCGAUACAGUAGAGAAUAUCAAUAGGCUGCCGCACAGAAGAUACGAUAAGUUUUUUGAUUCGUUGGGCCCAACUGGAUGUAGUUCGAAUUCAUUAUCUCAAACCUCACUGACCUCCUCACAAGAAAACUGUGGUGCUGCCAUCAUAGAGGUUCCUUCCGAAAACAUCAUCAAGUACGCACAUAACGGGUUUGUUUAUUCCAUUAAUAAGCUGUGCUCCAGGUUUAAUCAACUGUUGGAUAAGAGUUCCCUGGCUUCCGGCUCGGAACACAUAAUUUCAUCGGCUGGUGAUGGAAUAGGCAAGCUUUGGGAGUUCUCUAGAGAUAAAGAACACCGAACUGUUAAGGUCUCUUUGAUAAACGAUAGAAUUGACAAUGAUGAUAGUGUUAUAUCUCAAACCAUCGAGUUCCCGUUCUUAUAUUGCGGGUUAACUGACGGGAUUCUAAAAAUUUGGGAUUUGAAUACCCAGCAAUUAAUUUCUACCCUGAAAACGAAGGAUGAAUCAGACGUCAUUUCAAUAUCCGUUUAUAUGGAUCACAUUUUUGCCAUCGAUGAAUCAGGGAUCACGCAUUUCUAUCAGAAUCAAGUUAAUCAUUGGAAUCCACAACAGGGUAAAAUAUUGAGCUCCGAGAUCUUCAAUACAUUGAAUGCAGAAUCCAUUAGUUUAUUAACGGGUGGUAGUGAUGGUUCGUUGACACUCUGGGAUAUAACAUCGUUGUUAUCUGCGGUACCUAUCUCAGCCGCUUCGCCAAUUAAUGCAUCAUCUACAUUUCAAACUACCAAUUCAUGGGCUGUUUAUCAACCAGCCUCACUGAAUAACGAGGAAAUGUUAAACACUUUGAGAGAACUUAUCUCUUAUCAGACUGUGUCCCAAUGCAAGGACACUGCUAAUACGUUGUCGUUGAGACGUUGUGCGAUCUAUCUGCAACAAUUAUUUUUGAAAUUCGGAGCUACAAAUGCCCGAUUGUUUCCAUUACCUGACGGCGGCAAUCCUGUCGUAUUCGCAUAUUUCCAAGGUAGUGGAGAAGCUUCGUCGGUAGAAGGUGCCAAGAAAAAGCGUGUUUUAUGGUAUGGUCACUACGACGUUAUUUCAUCUGGAAAUACUUUCAACUGGAAUACUGAUCCAUUUACCUUAACUUGUGAAAACGGAUAUUUGAAGGGACGUGGUGUAUCGGACAAUAAGGGACCAUUGGUGAGCGCUAUUCAUAGCGUAGCAUAUUUGUUUCAACAGGGAAAAUUAGUGAAUGAUGUUGUAUUUUUAGUCGAGGGGAGUGAAGAAAUUGGGUCUGCCAGCUUGAAACACGUUUGCGAAAAAUAUCAUGAUGUUAUUGGAGAAAAUAUUGAUUGGAUUUUACUAAGUAAUUCCACCUGGGUUGAUCAAGAACAUCCAUGCUUAAAUUAUGGGUUGAGAGGUGUUAUCAAUGCACAAAUAAAAGUCUGGAGUGAUAGACCGGAUGGACACUCUGGUCUCAAUGGCGGCGUUUACGAUGAACCUAUGGUGAACUUAGUCAAAAUUGUGUCUAAGUUGCAAAAUGAGCGAGAUGAGAUUCUAAUUCCAAAUUUUUAUUCCCCCUUGAAAGAUUUGACUGAAGAAGAAUAUCAAAGAUUCCAGAAAAUUACGAAGCUUGCAAAUAUCGACGAAAGUACCACCAUUCAAGAUUUGAUUACAAAUUGGGCAAAGCCUUCAUUAUCCAUGACAACUGUACAAUUUAGUGGGCCAGGUAACAUUACAGUUAUACCCAAAAGUGUCACCAUGGGUAUCUCCAUCAGGUUGGUUCCGGAACAAAGCGUGGAACAAGUUAAGCAAGAUCUUGAGACAUACUUAGAAGAAAGUUUUAACCAAUUAGAUUCUCAGAACCAUCUAGAAAUAAAAGUUUUGAAUGAAGCUGAAGGUUGGUUGGGUGACCCAACAAAUCAUGCGUACCAAGUUUUAAAAGAUGAAAUAACUGCUGCAUGGGACGUAGAACCAUUACUGGUGAGAGAAGGAGGUUCCAUUUCUUGCUUGAGAAUGUUGGAAAGAAUAUUUGAUGCUCCAGCCGUUCAAAUACCAUGUGGUCAAUCGACAGACAAUGGUCAUUUAGCCAAUGAGAAUCUAAGAAUCAAAAAUUGGUCCAACUUGACUGAAAUUUUGUCUAAAGUCUUCAAUAAAUUAUAA